AUAAACGAAGGGAAGUGAACAAAGAACACACUGGAAAAAAAGAGAUACGAUAAAUAGAAAGAAAUUAAGAGGCAAGUAAAAGUGAGAUAAGAAAAGAAAGAAAAGAAAAAGAGAGGAAGAAACACAGACUGUAAUAAGAUAACAGAGAAACUGACCAAAGACAGACGCACAGACACACAGACACAUAGACACAGACACUGGCACGAUAGCGCUCCUCAUGGCACCCCCAGUAGGCACCAGCAUGGCCCUUCAGGACGAUAUAUUCCCGGGGGUAGGCAGGGGUGAGGUUGUGCGGCUCCCCCACCAGGGCGGCGUGACAGAGGCGACCCAUGAACCCACACUGGCCUCCAUUAAUAAAUCAGGUGUCGAGAUGCUGGGCGGCGUGUGGGGCGCAAGUCUGGUGGCGGUGGCUGCCGGCGUGGUGGGUGUAGCGGUGGUGGUGGUGGUGGUGUGGGCGGUGCGGCGGUGGGCAGCCAGAAGGAAGGGCGAUGAGGAGCGCCAGCAGAUUCUGUUAUGGCCCGGCGCAGGAAACCAGCCCUGUAGCUUUCAAACACGGGAGAUAAGGUUCACUCUGCCUCCCAGUUUGGCUCCCCUUGGCUCAGCCCUCGACGACAACCAGAUCGACGACCCAGAAGAUUUGCACGACCUUCCGCCUCUAGCCACGCAAGGGUUGGCGGGACAGCUACAGCAGGACUCAGGAUCAGCCUCGUCAUCCUCCCUCACUUCCCUCACGUCACUGGAGGCUGCCGCGGCGAACGAGGCCAGGCGGGCGUCCAUCUCUGACCUACGGCGCCGCUCCCUGCAAGGUUACAGUUUGGGCACCUUGAACCCAGAGCUAUAUCGCAUCCCUGACCACCUUGACGACCCGGCCACGUACCCCGCUGGUCACUUGGGCCGCUUGUUCUUCACGCUGCAGUACGUGAGUGACGGGGAGAAGCUGCAGGUGGGAAUAUUGAGAGUCAGGAACCUGCCUUCACGUACCUCCGGCUCCACCAACGCCUGCGACCCUUACAUCAGGCUGAGUGUGUUGCCAGACGAGCGGCGAUACUUGCAGACAAAACAAAAAAAGAAAACUUGCAACCCAGUGUUCGAUGAGCAUUUUGGAUUCCACAUUCCGCUGCGUUGCGUCGGGGAGCGAACCCUGAGACUGACGGUGCUGGACGGAGGCAGACCGAAGAGACAGGGGGCUACUGUGGGCCACGUAUAUUGUCCCCUUGGCCGCGUCCUCGCCCAGCCCCCCGCCGAGACAGCCCCGGUCAUGGCAAGGGAUCUGGUUAAGGAGGACGAGUGUGAACCUCGCAGUAACCUUGGGGAACUCCUGGUCUCCCUCACCUACAACGACACGCUCCACCGGCUGUCCCUCACCGUGUUCCAGGGACGGGGAGUGAAGGUUGGUGACGGGGAGACAGUGUCGUGGGUGAAGGCGUCACUGAUGGGCCAGCGUCGCUCUAUCAAGACGAAGAAGUCAGCAGUGGUGGCCGCAGUGGAGGAGCCUCACUUCAACCAGCCUUUCCAUUUCCGACCCCCGCCAGCCCUCGAGGGAGUGCACCUCAACCUUACCCUCUGCCUCGCGCCAAAUGCUUCAUCCAAAGGUCGUCCGCUAGGUCGUGUGGUGGUGGGGCCGUACAUGUUCGCGCGUGGGCGUGGCCUGACACAGUGGAACCAGGCCCUCGCGGCGCCCAAGGAACCCAUACAGUUCUGGCACCCACUGACUGAGUAGAGCCGCCACGCCGUGCCAGCCACUCACCUUAGAUCCACACUAGCCACUCCUAGAAGCACCUACUGAGUAUGGACACACUCACCCACUCACUCAGUCACUCACUCAGUCACUCAGUCACUCUUCACCCGGUAGUAAGUAACAUCUGCUGACUCAGAGUGUAUUCCUGCUGAGCCUGUCCUGUGUGUGCUGACUCCUUGCCUUUACUGACUAUAAACUGAACCUGCUAACCUGCUGACCUUUAACUAGUGACACCUGCUGGCAGUAUAGCAGUAUUACUCGUCGUAGUACAUACCUGCUGGCUCUGUCGCUCACGGGGUAGUACUAGCAGGAGUGAAUAGCAGAAUACCUAGUACCUAUAUUACCUGCUGACGUGGUAGCCUGCAGUCUAACUAGUGACAUCUGCUGACAGUAUAGCAGUACGUAUUAUUAGUACCUGCUGGUUGUGUCGCUGGUGGAGUAGUGGUGUUGGAAUAGGAGAGUUACUGUACUAGCAGCCUCAGUAAUCCCAGCACAGGUGUUAGGCAAGCUUGCAUUAACCUGUCAGCAGAUCUAGGUAAGCUUGUACUACUUACUGUCUCUCUGGUGUCUACUACAUAUCAUAUACCUACGUACAGUACAGGUGAGGAUGUGCUAUACCAAUAUGCAUACAUAGUACAGUACCACUUAACACCAACGAGAGGGAGGAACACAGGGCAAUGUUAUCCAGUAUUAUGUAGCAUUUCACAUUGUUUUGGUCUUCUAAAUUCAGUUCAGAUCACCGGGUAUACACAUGCAAAGAUUAUUUAUUUGGUUAUUCAGUUAUUCUAUGUAGACAUCACGAAUAUAGUAGAUCACAGAGCAAUUUUAUCCAGUAUUAUGUAGUAUUUUACAUUGUUUUGCUCUUUUAAGUUUAGAUCACUGGAUAUAUACAUGCAGAGGUUAUUAAUUUGGUUAUUCAGUUAUUUUGUUGAGACAUCACGAAUUUAACGGUUCAUAGGGCAAUGUAAUGCUGUAUUCUGUAAUGUUUUGCUUUCAGAGUUUUGCUGUCCAGGUUCAAAACAUCA